AGUGGACAAGCUUGGUGCAGAGCCAGCCACAAGUCACUGACCUGCCUUGGCUGCGUGUGGAACAAGCAGCUUGUUGCUCGAAUAAGUAGGUCAGGUGGGAUCAAGUGCAAAGAGCAAUCUGUUCAAGAGCCGUCAUCUCCAUGUCCUGGCAGGGGAACGGACUCUUUCAGAAGGUGAUGGACUUGCCUUCAUUGGGGGUGUUCUAAACAGAGGUCAAAUGGCCCGCCACUGAGGAUGCUUCAGCUGUGAUUCCUGCAUUGCUAGAUGGUCCUUGGAAGUCCCUUCUGACUCUACAGCUCUAUGAUUCUAGGCUGUGUGCCUAGUCCUGAAUGGGUACCAGGCCUGGAGACCCCGGAGGAUGACAGCAGGUCAAUAGCCUUGAGGAGGAAGCAGGGCCUUCUGAAUUGAGUGCUGUGGAGCCCUCUGGGCUGACAUCUGGUGAAGAACCUAUGGAGGUGGAGCUGCUGGAGAAGGUGGAGUCCCCACCACCCAGUCCUUGAGAGGGUGCCAGAAGCUUCAGGUCGGCGCUGAAGGGCGACCGCACAGCAUGUGCCAACAGACCCAGGGUUCUGCACAAGGGAGAUACUCACGAGGAAGCAAUAUCUGCCAGCACUUGUGGCCAGGGUGUGGUUCAGGAUGACAGAAGAUAUACGGUCUGCCUUUCAAGACUUCUAAUUCUUGGAAAUGCUACUGAGUCUAGACGCCCAGGCACUUUUGCCUGAAUUCCCCCAGGUUCUAGGUCUUGGACAGUUGUCUCUGGCUUCAUCUCUGUUUGGACCUGGACAGAUUCACCGUGCUUGACCACGCUGGGCUUGGAUUGGGCUUCAGUGGCAACUCUGCCCUUGUUGGUGAGUACUUUAGGAAAGCGUUGUAUCCUCAGUGCCUGGAACUUUAUCCCUGGGGGUAUCCAAGAGGUAUAUCACGAUCUACUGGUCGAUCCCCGAGUGAUCGCUGUUGAUUGCGGGCUCCCUUCCAACCGUGGGUUCCCUUCUGAUCGCUCCCAUCUGAUUGCUUGUUGGAAGCACCCCACCACCGUCCUCUGCCCCACCUCCGUCCUCGCUCUGCCUGUCUGUUACGUGAAAUGGGUGGUCGUUAUUGCUAGUUUAGUUUCCUGUAUUGCUGCAUUCGCCUGUUAUCGUCUGUGUUGGUUUUGCGCAUCUUAUGACACCCCCUAAAAAAGCUAGACGACUUUGUCACCCACCAAAAAAGCUCAACAACUUUGGGCUCCCCUAAAAAAGCUGAACAACUUUGGUUUCUCUCCUCCCUCCAGUGACCACUGCAAGUUGUUUUAUACUAGGAGUAGAUCAUGGUCUUUAGGGCAUGGGUAGGCAAACUAAGGCCUGGGGGCCGGAUCCGGCCCAAUCGCCUUCUAAAUCCGGCCUGCGAAUGGUCCAGGAAUCAGUGUGUUUUUACAUGAGUAGAAUGUGUGCUUGUAUUUAAAAUGGAUCUCUGGGUUAUUUGUGGGGCAUAGGAAUUCGUUCUCCCCCCCCCCAAAAAAAAUAUAGGUCUGAGGGACAGUGGACCGGCUGCCUGCUGAAAAAGUUUGCUGACCCCUGCCUUAGGCACCACCCACCAAGGAAGGUUAACACAAUAAAAUUCAAAACAGUAACAAUUAGUUGCACAUCUGUUCCAAAUCCAGUCAGAACUUUAGUUUGAUUAAUUCAACAAAACUGAUGAACUUGGUUCAGUGAUACCAGCUUUUCAAAAUCUGAUAGUUAUUUAUACCUCCAGCAUGCCCCCAAGGGAUUUAUUUAUUCCAUAACAUUUAUGCACUGCUUGAUUGUUUAAAAAAAUAAACCCUCAAAGCAGUUUACAAAGAGAAUGCAAUAAAAACAUGGUCAGGAAGAAUCCAGAAAGCAACUCCUCAAAAUAUGCAAAAAAAUAAAACCAGCAAUAAAAUGAAAACUCAUUCAUGUUCUACAUGCCCAGGUAGACUUGUCUAAGCAAAAAUGAUUUUAGCAGGCAUCGCAACACCUGUUUGGUGUCAGUAGGCAGGGAGAUCGAGUUUAGGUGCUGCUACACUAAAAUAUAUCAUUUUCUUACAAAUGCAUAAUGGGUAUUAUGUAGCGCCUGUGACAGGGCCACCGAUCGAAGGGCUCAAGUGGUCAGGAAAAGCCUGGGAAGGCAGUGAUUUGGAGAAGAAUGUCGUGUGGACAAGGAAGAAUUACUGGUCGUGAGGACAAGGAAGAAAAUUACUGUCCAUGUUAAAUGACAGUGUGCAUCAGUGCUGGAUUUUCGUAUAAGCUAAACAAGCUCUAGCUUAGGGCCCCACUCUCUUGGGGGCCCCCAAAACAUUUAAAGGAAAAAAACAAACCUGGAUGUACAUUUCCAAAAUAUAAGAUAAAAAACAAAUAAAAUAAAACCUACAUACAGCAACAGUGUUUUGUGUUGUGUAGGCUCCUGUGAUGUAAGCAAUGGGCCCCGCCUGCUAGCCUGCUCCUUAAAAUAUCACUGGUUUGCUCCUUUCUAUACAUAGGGUGCCUACAUUCUGCAUGGACUGGUUGCAGGCAACAUGGGCAAAUGGCUUGAGAUGCCUAUUAGGUCCAUCAAUUACCAUACAGCAUAUAUUCCACACAAAAAACAGCAACAAUUUGUUGUUGACAAAGGACAGCUGGACAUAUCAAGGGCCCCAUUACCUUCAGUAGCUUAAAGGUAAAGGGACCGCUGACCAUUAGGUCCAGUCGUGGCCGACUCUGGGGUUGCAGCGCUCACCUUGCUUUAUUGGCGAGGGAGCCGGUGUACAGCUUCUGGGUCAUGUGGCCAUCAUGACUAAGCCGCUUCUGGCUAACCAGAGCAGCGCACGGAAACACCGUUUACCUUCCCGCCGGAGCGGUACCUAUUUAUCUACUUGCACUUUGACGUGCUUUCGAACUGCUAGGUUGGCAGGAGCAGGGAUGGAGCAAUGGGAGCUCACCCCGUCGCGGGGAUUCGAACCGCCGACCUUCUGAUCGGCAAGUCCUAGGCUCUGCGGUUUAACCCACAGCGCCACCCACGUCCCUUUUGGCCUGUAAAAGCCAAUGCCAAUUUUCUUAGGACAUCACUUGUUUUUACUCCAAGGGGCUCAAGGUGGCAAAUAUGGUUCUCCCCCUCAUUUAAACUCCCACCGCUGCUGCUGCCACCAGAUUCCAUACACACACACACACACACACUAUAGAAUCUACUGGAGUUAAACUCAGGAAACAGACAAGGGGACCAGUUAGUCAUUAUUCACUAGGUUUAUACUCUUUCCACUCCUCAAAGCAGAGUAAACAUAAUAAGAAACAAGCAGGAACUUUCAGGAAGAGACAACAGAACAACAGAAAAGAGGUUUUAUAAGAAAUUAGUCAUCCCAAAGACUAACUUCUCCUCCUCGUAACCUCUGAAUAGUGUAAAAUCCCUAGAUUAGUGGUUCACAAAGUGGGUGGUUCCACCACCUUGGGGCAAGGGGGAAGUCUGGAGUGGAAGCCAGGCUUCAGAAGAAGAAGAAGAGUUUGGAUUUGAUAUUCCGCUUUAUCACUACCUGAAGGAGUCUCAAAGCGGCUAACAUUCUCGUUUCCCUUCCUCCCCCACAACAAACACUCUGUGAGGUGAGUGGGGCUGAGAGACUUCAGAGAAGUGUGGCUGGCCCAAGGUCACCCAGCAGCUGCAUGUGGAGGAGUGGGGAAUCGAACCCGGUUCACCAGAUUACAAGUCCAUCUCUCUUAACCACUACACCACAGUGGCUCUCCCAGCUGCACAAAAGCUGGUGGUGGAGAGAACUUGUUGGUAUUUUGUAUUUUGAUAUUUUUAAAUGGUAAUAAGAACAAGCAGAGGGGAGGACUGUUGGGGCUCCUGGAUGAGGAACAGCGAGAGGGGCAGCAAGCUCAUAAUAAUAAUAUAAUAAUUUAUUAUUUGUACCCCGCCCAUCUGGCUGGGUCUCCCCAGCCACUCUGGGCGGCUUCCAACAAAGAUUAAAAAUACAUUAAAAUGUCACAGAUCUAUAACUUCCCUGAACAGGGCUGCCUUCAGAUGUCUUCUAAAUGUCAGGUAGUUGUUUAUCUCUUUGACAUCUGAUAGGAGGGCCUUCCACAGGGCAGGCACCACUACAGAGAACGCCCUCUGCCUGGUUCCCUGUAGCUUUGCUUCUUGCAGUGAGGGAACCGCCAGAAGGCCCUCGGCGCUGGACCUCCGUGUCCGGGCAGAACGAUAGGGGUGGAGACGCUCCCUCAGGUAUACUGGGCCGAGGCCGUUUAGGGCUUUAAAGGUCAACACCAACACUUUGAAUUGUGCUCGGAAAUGUACUGGGAGCCAAUGUAGGUCUUUCAAGACCAGUGUUAUGUUUUCUUGGCUGCCACUCCCAGUCACCAGUCUAGCUCAGUGACUGCCCUGGGCAGCAAAAACCCAGCUAUGCCACUGGCAAGAACUUAGGUUUAGCUUGGAAAAGGGAAAUAGAGGGGCGAUAUGAGAGCCAUCUUCAAAUAUCUUCAUGGCUGUCCCAUGGAAGAUGGAGCAUACUUUUUUUCUCCUGUUCUGGAGGGUAGGACUCAAACCAAUGACUUCAAGUGACAAGAAAGGAGAUUCCGACUAAAUGUCAGGAAGAACUUUCUGAUGGUAAGAGCUGUUCAACCGUGGAAUGGUCUCCCUCGGGAGGUUAGGUGGCCCUCUGUCAGGGAUUCUGUAGUUGAGAUUCCUGUGUUGCAGUGGGUUGGAAUAGAUGACCACUGGGAGUGAUUUCCAGCUCUAUGAUUCUAUGAAUCCUUGCAGGGCACGUCCAGUAUAAGGACUUCUACCAGGGUCUACAAUAUCCUUUUUGACCCAAGGCAACCAGAACUGGACACAGUACUCCCAAUGUGGUUGCACCAUAGAUUUGAAGAAUGGCACUGAGAUUUUCAAUUCCUUUCCUAAUAAUCCCUAGCAUGGAAUUUGCCCUUUUCACAGUUGCCACACAAUGGAGAAAUGUCUUCAUUGAGCUAUUCACUACAACCACCUUUCCCUGACAGGAAAGAAUGCAUAAAAAAAAUAUAAAUUAAAUGUAAGCCUAAGGUCUCAUGUUAGAAUAUCUGCAAUUAGCAAAACUGACGGGAUCAGUUACAGGAAUAUCAAAACAAAAAAACAACUAGAGAAUGGAUAAUAUUUAAGAAUUAUGCAAAACUUUAUUGUACAAAUAACUCCAUAUUAGCAGAAAUUGAGUGAUAUUUGUAAAGAAAAAGAUCAAAGGAACGUAUACAAAGCAGAAAGAAAUGAUAUUAUACAAUGUAAACCUGUGAAAAAAAGAAUGUUAUAUCAAACAGUAUAAUGAGAAGGAUGGGAAGGAAUGCGUCGAUGAGUACUUUUACUAUGUAAAUAACUUUGUCUCUUUUUAAAAAAAUUGAUUUCUUUGUUUCUUAUCUUUGUUACUUUUUUAUUUCUUUAUAAAUUUUCUAUUUUAUAUAAUAUUCUUUUUUUUACCUGUUAAGAGAUAGUACAUAAUGUUUGUAUAGACAUGCAAAUCUUUUAAUCAAUAAAGAAUUGAUAGUUAAAAAGAAAAAGUAAAAGUAAAGCCCAAGGUCUUGUUCCUGGUCCACCAAUUCUAGUUCGGGACCCACAAGCAUAUUUGUGAAAUUAAGAUUUUUUAAAUCCUCACUUUACACUUGUUUCCACUGAAUUGUACAUGCCAUUGCAUAUGCCCCUGCAGUUUCUGGACGCACCACCAGCUCCGGCUCUGGAGCCCCCAAUUCUGGCAGCAUGCUCAGCAUCCCAGAAAUAAUCCGGAAGAAGCGGGAUGGGGAGAAGCUGCAGCAGGAGGAGAUCAUCUACUUUGUCCAGGCUGUGUCCAGGAAGGCCUUGCAGGAAGGGCAAAUUGGUAAGGAAGGUUCUGGGGCUGGGGAAUCAGGGGGGUGGGAUUGUGGGUGGGGGGAAGAGGAGGAUGCAUUCAAGAAUGAGGAGGAAACUCUGCAAACAGGCACAGACAAGGCAACCCUUCCCAUGACUUCCUAUGUGGGGAUUUAGCCAGAACUUAUUUCUACUGCUCUCCAAGAAUAAUGCUACAGGGUUCAAAUGAGGAAGCACUGGAGACUUAGGAUGCCUUCAUAGGGUUUGCUUAACUUACAAGGAGGCCCUAGUGGAAGCCGACUGACAUUCCUGCAGCAGAAAACACAACCACUGGUCCUGCCUUCUUGUCUCUCCUUGCUAUUUUUUGGAAAUCCGCAUUCAAUUUCCUGUAUCUUUCACUAUUGUUUCACUAUGGUUUCACUAUGUUUGAGAGCCAGUGUGGUGUAGUGGUUAAGAGUGGUGGACUCGUAAUCUGGUGAACCGGGUUCGUGUCUCCGCUGCUCCACAUGCAGCUGCUGGGUGACUUUGGGCUAGUCACACUUCUCUGAAGUCUCUCAGCCUCACUCACCUCACAGAGUGUUUGUUGUGGGGGAGGAAGGGAAAGGAGAAUGUUAGCCGCUUUGAGACUCCCUAGGGUAGUGAUAAAGCGGGAUAUCAAAUCCAAACUCUUCUUCUUCUCUUCUUACCUCCCUCGCAUUUUGCUUGCCUUCUCUCCCCCGCUAUUUGUAAGGCCUCAUUGGACAGCCACUUUGCUUUCUUGCAUUUCCUUUUCAUGGGGAUGGUUUUCGUUGCUGCCUCCUGUAUAAUGUUGCGAGCCUCCAUCCAUAGUUCUUCAGGCACUCUGUCCACCAAGGAAAUAAUUAAUGCAAAGGAAUUAUGGAAACCAAGAGCUGGUUGAUUUCAUCUUGAGCAGCUGGAUAGCAUUCUCCUGAAAUAUUGCAUGCUUUUCCUUAUUAUAUAGUUGUAAGUAGAAUAUCCGAUGAUUUCUUUAAAACUAAAAAAAGGGGGAAACUACCUAAAACUUGUGCAAUCAUAUCUCUUUUUAGCCAUGUCUUUACAAAUAGAGCUUUGGGUGAGCAGCCACAACAGAAGACUCUCUUGUGGCCUAGAAUAAUCACCUUGCUAGUGAUCAAAAGAAUUGAUGCUUUUGAAUUCUGGUGCUGGAGGAGACUCUUGAGAGUCCCAUGGACUGCAAGAAGAUCAAACCUCUCCAUUCUUAAGGGAAUCAGCCCUGAGUGCUCACUGGAAAGACAGAUCGUGGGGCUGAGGCUCCAAGACUUUGGCCACCUCAUGAGAAGAGAAGACUCCCUGGAAAAGACCCUGAUGUUGGGAAAGAUGGAGGGCACAAGGAGAAGGGGACGACAGAGGACGAGAUGGUUGGACAGUGUUCUCGAAGCUACCAACAUGAGUUUGACCAAACUGUGGGAGGCAGUGGAAGACAGGAGUGCCUGGCGUGCUCUGGUCCAGGGGGUCACAAAGAGUUGGACAUGACUAAAUGACUAAACAACAACAACAAAGUGAUCCAACACUUCGCUGUUCUCAGAAUCAGAAUGGUCAAGGUUCCACAGUAUGGGCAGGUUCUUAAAACAAUACAAAAACCUUCACAACCUGCUGACUGACCCAAAUCCAGCAUGUGUGACAUGCCAGGCCAUGUCUGUGGCUUGUGCUCGCCCCUCUCAGAAUAUCUCUCUGGCUUAAGCACCUCACCCUCAUCACCUGUUGUCUUCUAGGAGCGAUGCUGAUGGCCAUCCGACUACAGGGCAUGGAGCCUGACGAGACUCUGGUGCUGACGCAGGCAAUGGCUACAUCAGGGAGGGUCCUUGAGUGGCCGGGGAAAUGGCAAGGGCUCCUGGUGGACAAGCACUCCACUGGGGGAGUGGGCGACAAAGUCAGCCUGUCUCUGGCACCAGCCUUGGCUGCCUGUGGCUGUAAGGUGAGUUGAGAAGGUUCUUCCAACCUCUCUGGUUCCCGGGCAAAAAUGAAAGAGGCCCACAGCCCGUUCUCAAGCCACGAUGCUGAACUAGGUCAGCCAUUCAGCAGACUCCUCUGAGCUUCUUAAAGAAACACCUUCCCCCCUACCCAACUUCCUAUGCUGCUCAUAACUUAAGACAACCCAGACUUUCCUCCUUUCCUUUCAACAGGUGCCCAUGAUCAGUGGCCGAGGUCUGGGCCACACCGGAGGCACGCUGGACAAGCUGGAGUCCAUACCUGGCUUCAUGGUCUCCCAGAGCCCAGAACAGGUGAGGUGUCCCAGGUUGUGAUGGAGACAAAGGGGCUUAUGCGGUAUGUGUUGAGGGUAUGUGGCUGUCUGUUUCUGUCGGCCGAGAACUCUGAUGACGAGUGGCCCAUGCAGACAGCCCAGGACUUGUUCUCUUGCAGAUGAAGCAGAUUCUGGAACAGGUUGGUUGCUGCAUUGUGGAGCAGAGUUCAGAGCUGGUCCCAGCAGACAAGGUCCUCUAUGCCCUGAGAGAUGUAACAGCCACAGUGGACAGCUUGCCCCUCAUCACAGGUAUGGGGUGAGAUCCAGUUGCAGGAGAAAUUCCGGGUGCUGAGGCCCUGGCUAUGGGCUUCUUCCAAUCAGGCAGCUGUCAGGGAACUGUCGGCUGAGAAGGGGGAAACGCUUGGGAAAUAUAGAGAGCAGCCUCCGAUAAUGAGUAGCUGCACCUCGUCAGAGAGGGAAGAUGAGGAGGGGCUGUCAGGAAACAAUGAAUCAGGGAGGGAGGGGCAACUUCCAAAGCUUCGCUCUUUACAUAAGGGAGGAAGGAAGAGGAGAGGUUUCAGGAAGUUGUUAUGCUGGAGAGGAAGAAAGGAGGGGCCAGUCUUGACAACUGACACCUAAUGAGUAGGACAUGCUUUUAAGAGCUCUGUAUUGUAAAUAGUAUAAUGGACUUAAUAAAUCCUGUAAAGCUGGCUGGAGUCCCGGGCUGUUAUCUCUUCUAGCACCCACCAAUCAUCCUGACAGCAGCAGUUAUGUGCCUAUAGCAUAACUGACUACAUUAUUCUUCAUAAUUGAAGAAUUCAUUACUUUGUCUAGCGUGUACCCCCCAAUUGCACCCAAGGCUACUACCGCCCCCUGGAUCGUUCCAGCACCACUGCCCCCUCCCCCAGGAGACAGUAUUGCCCACUUUGGUAAACACUGGCUUAGAUGAACCCAACAGUGAAUAAAAGCUGAUAGCACUUCAUGUCCCGAGUCCUCUUCCUGACCUGUGGAUGUACCUGCAUUCCUGACAGCCCCUUGACACUGCCUCUCUCUUGCCUCACAGGCUCCAUCCUGAGCAAGAAGGCUGCGGAGAACAUCUGUGCCCUGGUUCUGGAUGUGAAGUUUGGCAGCGCAGCCCUUUACCCCACCCUGGAGAGCGCCCAGCAGCUGGCUGAGAGCCUGGUGAGUCCUCAGAGAAGGGCCACUGGCUUUUCGGGCUUUCAGCUCCUUCAUGGAGGAGAGGGCUAUCGGGGGGCUACCAGCCAAGACAGCUCUGCCCUGCCGCCAUAGUCGGGGGCAGCAGUGAUUCUGAAUCCCAGUUGCUCUUGAAUCCUGCUUGUGGACUUGCCACAGGCAUCUGGUGAGAAGAACAACAACAGGAUGCUGGUCUAAAUGGCCUGAUCUAAGAAGCCCUCCUUAUGUUCUGCUUCUUGGGAUGGGGAUUUGGAGACCGAAUGUUCUCCUUAAAUCCUUCCAGUGGCAGACAAAGAUGAUGGACUAUGCAGAAUUAGCAAAGUUGACCGGUGGAAUCCGGAACCAAUGCAACCAAAAGUUUCAAAGAGACUGGAGUAAAUUUAUUGGGUAUAUGAAUAAUUAUUGCAAAAAUGGGAAGACACUAGCGGGAUUGAAAUAAAUCCUGAAAUGAAAUUCAAAACAUUUUAUAACUUUCUAGAUCAAAGAGACAGCGUUGACUAUAAGGACAUAAAAGUCAUAAGUGGAGGUUUUAAAGUGCGAUAUAAAGUCUUGAAAACAAAAAACCAGUUGAAGGGAUGGAGGGACGCGGGUGGCACUGUGGGUUAAACCACAGGGCCUAGGGCUUGCCAAUCAGAAGGUCGGCAGUUCGAAUCCCUGUGAUGGGGUGAGCUCCCAUUGUUCGGUCCCUGCUCCUGCCAACCUAGCAGUUCCAAAGCACAUCAAAGUGGAAGUAGAUAAAUAGGUACCGCUCCAGCAGGAAGGUAAAUGGAGUUUCUGUGCACUGCUCUGGUUUUGCCAGAAGUGGCUUAGUCAUGCUGGCCACAUGACCCGGAAGCUGUACGCUGGCUCCCUCGGCCAGUAAAGCGAGAUGAGUGCCACAACCCCAGAGUCGGCCACAACUGGACCUUUACCUUUAUCUUUAUAAAGUCUUGAAAACAAAAAACCAGUUGAAGGGAUGGAGGGAAGUGACGAGCUCGGCAGAGCAAAGAGUAAUUUUAUUUGCUAUUGUAAUGUUGGAAAUAUUGUGUUAAAAAAGAAAUUAAUAAAAAUUAUAUGUAAUAAUAAUAAUAAUAAUAAUCCCACAGAGGGAAGGCAGACAGAAAAUGCCUCUUGCUGAGGGGAGUUUUGGCAUAAGUGGCGUCCAGGGACACCUUUGUUUGUGUCACAUUCUCCCCUGGCAGCCCAUUGAGGAGAGACAACAUUUUCAUAGAAGCAAAAGAAUAAUUCCGGGCGGUCAUGUCUGCGUUAACUUCCCAUUAGUGCAAAGGAGUUUAAAAAAUUUAGGGAUGUCUUUUCUUUAUCUAAAGAGGGAGCAGUGCUUUCUUUCCUGGGUGCAAAUCAUAGAACACUUUAUCCUUUACCAUGUUCCGGUCUCAUUCAUUCAUUCAUUCUCUCUCUCUCAAAGGUGUGUGUUGGGACCCAGCUAGGGAUAUGCACAUCGGCGGUGCUCAGCAAGAUGGACGGACCUUUGGGGUCUCGAGUGGGUCACUCCUUGGAGGUCCUUGAAUCCUUGGAGUGCUUGGAAGGACAAGGACCUGGGGAUCUCCGUGAGCUGGUGACCACGCUAGGUCUGCACUGGGGGGGGGGGCACCCAAGUGGCAUUAUAAAACGUUUCACUAUGUUGUGUUGGGAGGGAGAGAGGGAAGUUUUCUGUUGAAUGUCCAUCAAGGCUGUGAAUGGCGGACCUGUUGUGGCGUCCAGUCCACUUCCAUUGCGCCAAUCUGCUUCUCCCAGCUACAGCAGAGUAUCUUGAGCAGCGGUGUGCCUGUGUGGAAGGAAUCUCAGCCAUGCAGUAAAACUCUCGUACAACAGCUUCUUCUAUUCUGUUGUUGUUGAGUCGUUUAGUCGUGUCUGACUCUUCGUGACCCCCUGGACCAGAGCACGCCAGGCACCCCUGUCUUCCACUGCCUCCAGCAGUUUGGUCAAACUCAUGCUGGUAUCUUCGAGAACACUGUCCCACCACCUCGUCCUCUGUUGUCCCCUUCUCCUUGUGCCCUCCAUCUUUCCCAACAUCAGGGUCUUUUCCAGGGAGUCUUCUCUUCUCAUGAGGUGGCCAAAGUCUUGGAGCCUCAGCUUCAGGAUCUGUCCUUCCAGUGAGGACUCAGGGCUGAUUUCCUUCAGAAUGGAGAGGUUUGAUCUUCUGUGUUUCUGGGAAAUCAGGACACUUGCAGGGCAUGAGGAGUGAGUUGGGGGUGGGGAAAGGAAGCCUCUCUCUCCAUGGACCACCCAACUCAUCCAUUUUUCUUCCAUCUCUCCAGGAGGAACCUUACUGUGGCAGUGUGGGAGAGCUAGCUCUGUUUCCCAAGGCGCUGCCCGCAUUGCCAAAGCCCUGGACAAUGGCUCUGCUCUGAGGACUUUCCAGGCCAUGCUGGAAGCGCAAGGGGUGGAGGCCAAAGUGGCCCGUGCCCUAUGUUCCGAGGGUCAGGAAGAGCGCUUCCAGGUGCUGGGGCAAGCCCGGGCGCAGGAGGAAUUGGUGGCUCUGAGUGAUGGUAAGGAUGGGGGUGAGCCUGGGCAGAACUCCCAGGUCCUCCUUCAAAAUUCUCUGACUAGGGUAUUUAGCCAUAAAACAAGGGAGCAGGGCCUUUUCUGUGGUGGCUCCCCGUUCGCAGAAUGAUCACCCCAGAGAAGCUCGCCUGGCACCAUCAUUACAUGUCUUUAGAUUUUUUCCCCAAUAAAUCUGGGGACACAAUCAAUCAAUCAAUCAAUCAAUCCUACAUGUUCAGAACAUUGAUGCUGCAGUGAUGGCGUUGGCAGAGGGGCGACUGCCGCCUUGACCUCAACCGCCAUGUUCCCCCUUCUUCUGAGGCUUUUAUCUCCUUUCUUCAUGAGGCUGGGCAGCCCCUGAGUUGUUGAGUCUUUGAUGGUGGUGGUGGGGAAGCAGUGCGCGGUGGGUCAGGCAUGGAAGGUGGAAAAGGAAGGCAGAGAGUGGGGGCAGUGAGGCUCAGGCAGCAUGAUGCCUCCCUUCCCAUCGGAGCAGCCCCAAUCCCAUUCCUACUUGCGUGCAAGCAGAAGGGGGCUGGGAUCCCUCAGCUGGGAAGGGAGGCUUCCCGUUGCCUAACUGAGAGAUCCCUGCCCCCUCCUACUUGCACGCUGGGAGGCUGUUCCGAUAGGCAGCAUGAAGCCUCCCUUCACAGCUUAGUUGCUGGGCUCAGGGAAGGUGGAGGCAGCCCGGAAGCUGCAUCUGAGAGCCCCUGCACCACCAUCAUAUGGGGACUUCUGAGCAGCUCCUGAAGCCAGCAAGAGCCAACUGCUCCGGGCUGCUGAGACUGCCGCUACUGCGUUUCCCGGAGACAUUAAAUGGCCUCGGUCCAGUAUACCUGAAGGAGCGUCUCCACCCCCAUCGUUAUGCCCGGAUACUGAGGUCCAGCUCCAAGGGCCUUCCGGCGGUUCCCUUGCUGUGAGAAGCCAAGUUACAGGGAACCAGGCAGAGGGCCUUCUCGGUAGUGGCGCCCGCCCUGUGGAACGCCCUUCCAUCGGAUGUCAAAGAGAAAAUCAACUACCUGACAUUUAAAAGACAUCUGAAGGCAGCCCUGUUCAGGGAAGUUUUUAAUGUGUGACAUUUUAGUGUAUUUUUGGUCUUUGUUGGAAGCUGCCCAGAGUGGCUGGGGAAACCCAGCCAGAUGGGCGGAGUAUAAAGAAUAAGUAAUAAGUUGUUAUUAUUAUUAUUAUUAUUAUUAUUAUUAUUAUUAUAUGAAAUCCAGGGACAUUCCGGGGAUGGAAUUUGUCCGGGGACUUAUUUGCAAAUCCGGGGACUGUCCCCAGGAAAUGGGGAUGCCUGGUAACCCUAUGCUAACCACCGUCCUGACUUUCCUCCACAGGGACAGUCCAGCAGAUCCUUGGCCUCCCCAUUGCCCGGGUGAUACAUGGUCUGGGAGGCGGCCGCAGCCAGAAGGGGCAAAUGAUCAAUCACAGAGUGGGAGCUGAGGUGCUGGUCUCUGUGGGGCAGAAAGUGAGGAAAGGUAAGAACUUCAAGCGGGGUGUGUGUGUGUGUGUGUGUGUGAGAGAGAGAGAGAGAGAGAGAGAGAACCAAAUGCUCAUAUUCAUCUUCUAGUUUGUUCCACUUUCAUACAUGGGAUGGGGCAGAUGGGGAAGACUAUGAGCUAAACUGAACACCUCAAGCAUAGACUAAAGAUUAUUAUAUCUGAUUAACUGCCUUUAUAAAGACACUGUGCUGAAAGCGCAUUGCUCUACAAAUGGCCAAUUUACAGGAUCUGUACCAGCCACAAAGGGAGUCAAGCAAGGGUGCACAUACGACUUCCGGGUCAGCGCCAUCGGUGAAUGGCGGAGUUCCUCCGUCCGGAGGAACGGGCUCCGUGGAAACUGGGUCUUCCCGCUGCGGCGAAGGUGGGGACCCGCUAGAAAUCCCAGGCGGAGGAAGCCUGGGAACGUGGGGUUCGGCAGGGCACCAGGAGCGCCCCCCUACUCGCAGGGAAUCCCAUUUAGGGGCUCCGGAGCGAAGUGGGGUGAGAAGCGCGGUGCUGCGAACUGACUGCUACUUUCACGGAGUGAAGCUGCACAGCCAUUGCCGGAGAGCGCUGACUUUGUCCUGUGGACAAUUGGAUUUAAAACAAGUACCCGUGAGUAGAAACGGAAAAUUGGAUCAAGAAAUUUCUUAAUUUGGUAACGAAGCGGGAAGGUUCAAAACAGGAAGUCUGCCUUCCGCUUUUUGUAUAUAGACUAAAGCAAAAACUUUGUAAGCUAAAGCCUGGAAAGCUGUCAAAAAAGUCUAAAUUUUCUUCAUUUAGAAUUACUGAAACCCCCUUGGAAGCAGGAGAAAAGGGGGGGAACUUUGUUCAACCCUAGCAGGAGAGGGAGUGAAGAAGGAUAAGUUUUCACUGUCUCUAACCUGGGAACCGGGUGUCAGAGACAGAAAUUGUUGGAGAGGUUCAUUGACUGUGAAUGGGAUAUUUUGACAGAUAGCUAAAGAAGAGAAACAAGCUGAUUCCAAUGUUGCCUUUUGCAUCCUAAAGAAACAAAAUAUCUGAAAAAUAUCUGAAAAACGAAAGUAAUUUUCCUUUGUUGGACUUGCCUAAAAAAAAAAAUGGAUACAAAUAGAAAUUGCCUCCUCUAGAGGGAGCUUGUCAAAUUGUUGCUGCAGUACACUUGAGGGCUCAACAGAUGUGAGAUUAAGACCGUGGGAACAGGCUUUUCUGACCUUGACUAAAGAUGAGUUGGAAAGAAGACUGGGUGCUUGCCUUAUGUAAGACAAGUGCCCUGCUGGAACAGAUGCAUGAGAAGAUGGACUUGAUGAAUGAGAAAAUGGAUUUGACUGUUGCAGUUAAUAACUGUGGGCAAACAGGGAAUAUUGAUACAGAAAUUAUCCAGGGACCAACUCAUGAAUCUGUACUGACUGGGCAAGUGCAGAAGAUAAUGGAGGAGGAUGCGGUUGCACCCCAAAUAAUACAAAUGGAGAGUCCUGAGGCCCUACAGGAGUAUGAGCCGCUGUCAUUGAAGAUUGAAGUUGGAGUGGGCCAGGGGGAGUCUGGAGUUGAGGAGGUUCCCAACGUUGGAGAGACCUUGGAACAUGCUUUUAAAUACUUUUUGGACUAUAUUGAGGAUUGUGGGGAGUGGGACUGUGGGGAAUGGGCGGGUUUGAUGAAGGGAGAUGGAGACAAUUCUGGCUUGGAACCCCCCAGAGGCCUACUCCUCAAUGAGAAAGGAAAGAAACUAAGAAAGAGACCAACAAAAGACAAGGAAAAGGGCAAGUAUAAACAAGAAGAAGAAGAAUUGCAGAAGGGACAUGGAAGAGACUUAAGGGCCUCGGACAUAAGGCUUCCAGGUUGAUGGACUAGAUGGAAUGGACAGUAAGGACUGACACGAUCUGAGACCAGGAAGAAGGGACGCUGGAUGAAGAUUGGAAGAAAAUUUAUAAAGAAAAUUUUCUAAUUGGGGAAUUGGCUAAAAAUUAAUGAAUAUUAGGGAAAAUGUUGGAAUGAAACUAUAUGACUUUAGCAGAAAUGAUAUCAGGAGUAAUGUAUAUUUGAUAACUAAGACUCAAGCUUUAAGGUGUUUUAGGGUAAGAUAAGGUUAAAUUAAUUAAGGUAAUGUGAAUAAUAGAAUAUGGGGAAAGAUGGAAAGGAUUUGUUGAGUUAAUUAUUAGAUUAAAUUAGGUUAGGAUGAAUUUUUUAACAAAAAUUGAGAAAGAUGGAAAGAAUUUGCUGAAAUAGCUAAUUAAACUAGAAUACCAAAAGGGAGGUGUGAGGAAGUCAAUGAAACAAGUAAAUGGAAGUUUUAGGUAUGUGAGUUGGGACUUGUGUUGUUUUCUUUUUAUUUUUUGUUGUAUUGUUGUAUUGGUUUUUGUGUUUUUUCUUUUCUUUUUGUCUAUUAUAGUGUUGUUUUUUAAUGUUUUUUUAAUGUUUUUUUUUCUUAUAAUUCUGAAAACUACUAAUAAAUAUUAUUUUAAAAAAAAGCAAGGGUGCACAUACAUAAGUAUUUGAAUUGAAUUUAUUACAGUCCCAGACCAGACUCACAUACCGUACUAAACAAAUCAGAAACACAGUAAAAUUAAGUUAAAAUUAAAUCAAUAUAACGAUAAACAAGACAGUUAUGGCAGCAGGUAAAAUAUGGUUUAAGUUUUAAUCUCUACAAUAUUAUCUAUAAUUUGCUUCUAAGGCCUUAGUCUUUAUAAUAGCACAGCUUGGAAUUUUCUGUAUAACAAGGGUGAUAAAAACCUAGUGUAUAUCCCUGUAAAAAUGGCAUCCUAGCAGGACAUGAGAGAUAGUUUCCACCUCUAUCAAGCUGCAGGGGCAGAUUCGUUCCACGUGCAGUUUACCUGCAUAUCUGCCCUGCAACAAGGUGGACGGCAGUACAUUGAAGCUAGUGAGGGUAAACGACCAUCUAUAUUUAGGUACAUAAAGGUAAAGGUAAAGGGACCCCUGACCAUUAGGUCCAGUCGCGGACGACUCUGGGGUUGCGGCUCUCAUCUCGCUUUACUGGCCAAGGGAGUCGGCGUACAGCUUCCGGGUCAUGUGGCCAGCAGGACUAAGCUGCUUCUGGCGAACCAGAGCAGCGCACGGAAAUGCCAUUUACCUUCCCGCUAGAGCGGUACCUAUUUACCUACUUGCACUUUGACAUGCUUUCGAACUGCUAGGUUGGCAGGAGCAGGGACCGAGCAAUGGGAGCUCACCCCAUCACGGGGAUUCAAACCACUGACCUUCUGAUCGGCAAGUCCUAGGCUCUGUGGUUUAACCCACAGCGCCACCCGUGCCCCAUUUAGGUACAUACAUAAGUAUAUAAACCACAUGUCUGAAACAGUACAGGAGAGCAAUCUUAAAGCCAUUUUGACUCUCCCAAAUUGACCUCAAAUAUUUCUCUGCAAGGAGGAAGGAAAUGGGAAAGCCACUCCAUUGUCUUUUCCUUCCCUGUCUUAAGGGCAUAUUUGUGUAUGAAUAGGGUGAGCCUGUGACUUGGACUCAGGAAAUAAAGUAUUAACCAUUACAAAAGAAUGGCCAAGCUGCCCAGUUAAAGCAGUCAGUGACCAUUAACAGAUAUCCUGGCAAACAGGAUUUCUGCUGUAGACCUUUUGUGAUGUAUGAAUGAUGUUUUGGGGGGUGGGUGGUCUUGGGCUACAGGGUGGGCAAUUUCAAAAGUCUGUAUAAAGGCGGGCACACCUUGGUUCUGGGUUCCUCCUCCCUCCUGCGUGGGGUGAGUGGGGACCCUGUUGCAACAGUUUAAUAACGAUCAGGCUUACCAGUUGCUUUGCUUCUCAAUAUUCUCUGCUUGGCCUCUGUUAUUUUCUCCUUCCGAUACGGAACCCACUUAAGGACUAUAUAUGGGCUCUUAGAUACCCCAUAAGGGAAAAGGAGCAGGUUUUCCCCGCUCUUAUAACAUGGGGGAGGCACAAUCUUGAUUCAGGCAGAAUUUCUUGGUCCAGCCCUGUCAGUAGGGUGUCCUCCCAAGUGUUUUGCAUCACAACUUCCAUCAGCCUUAGCCAGUGUGUAUAGGGGUCAUGGUGUUAGAAUUCCUGCUCCAUGAUUGCAGUCAUGGGAUUGUUGCCUUUCACAUGACGGUGUAUGUUUUGACUCCACAGAGUGGGAAGUGACGGAGACAGGAUGUUUGUGUUACUGUGUUUCGUGAAGUGGGGCUAUUGUCCUUUGUUCUUUUUCUCUUUGCUGUCUGAUGCUAGAGAGAGAGGGAGCCAUGUUGCAGUGCUCCGUGUGCGUUUAUAUGUAAAUAAAGUAGAUUAGCCAACUGGCUGGCUUCAGGAGGUGCUUGGAAGUCCCCAUGUGAUGGUGGUGCAGGGGCUCUCAGAUGCAGCUUCCGGGCUGCCUCCACCUUCCCUGACCCCGGCAACUAAGCUGUGAAGGGAGACUUCAUGCUGCCUAUUGGAGCAGCCCCAAUCUCAUUCCUACUUGCGUGCAAGCAAGAGGGGGCAGGGAUCUCUCGGUUAGGCAACGGGAAGCCUCCCUUCCGAGCUGAGAGAUCCCCAUCCCCACCCCCUCCUGCUUGCACGCAAGUAGGAAUGGGAUUGGGGCUGCUCCGAUGGGAAGGGAGGCAUCGCGCUGCCCGAGCCUCGCCACCACCGCUGCCGCUUCGGCCGUCCUUCUCUGCCUUCCAUGCCUGACCCACUGCGCACCACUUCCCCACCACCACCACCACCAAUGAACCAACAACUCAGGGGCUGCCCAGCCUCAUGGAGAAAGGAGACAGAAGCCUCGGAGGAAGGGGAAACGUGGCGGUUGAGGUCAAGGCGGCGGCCGCCCCUCUGCCACCGCCAUCGCCGCAGCAUCAAUGACCCGAACAUGUAGUAUGUAUGUAUUUAUUUAUUUAUUUAUUUAUUUAUUUAUUGUCAUUGGAGUCAUUGGAGUCAUUGAAGUCAUUGAAAAAAAUCUGGUAACCUUAGGAUAGGAGAUUUGCUCUUGUCCUUGAAUCCUGCUUGUGGCAUCUGUUUGGCCCCAGUGAGAACAGGAUCCUGGGCUGGGCGGUCCAUUGGCCUGAUCCAGCACACUCUUCUUAUGUCCUUACAACUGCUUCUUUCCCCUCCCUUCCAGGGGAUCCAUGGAUCCGGAUCCAUUAUGAGAAUCCAGAGUUGGGUGACGCUGGCCGGCGUGAGUUGCAGGAGGCUUUGAUCCUGGAAGACUCUGAGCCCUUCAUUCCUGGUUCAAAGGUGGCAAGGACUAUUCUCCCGCAGGGCCAGUGGGCCAGGGCAGAUAAAGAUUAGCAGGACUUAAGAGGGCUGAACAAAGUCAGUCCCCUGUCGACUGUCAACAGGGUGCGGGACGAGAUUGGAUAUGGGACUGAUUAUGUUAUGAUCACUGCGCUUAGCUCUUGAAUCACCUACAGCCUCGGAAUGGGGAGCUGCUUCUUUUUUUACUGAACCCUUGGCAGGAUGAAAGAAUGUGAGUUUUGAUUUGGCAGGAUUUGAGUAAUACUUGUAAUGUACUAAAAAACUAAGGUAAAAAGGGAUUACCGUACUUUAAGAAAAAUGGAGAGAUUAUAUGAUGCAGUAGACAAAGUUUGAUGAUGGAAACCAUGGAGGGGAAGAGGGAAGUCUAGGGAAUCCUAAAUGUUGAUUAUUGUGAUUACCGUUUGAAUUAAAAUGUAUAGUGUAAAACUGAAUUUAAAAAAAAUUUAAAAAGAGAAAAUAUGAGUUUUGCAGUGCUCCCCCCCCUUUCUCUUAUAGAGGUGGCACAAUGCAAUUUUUGUUGCGUGUUUUGAAAUUUGCAGUAUACUUCCAUGUCCCUGUGUGAUAAUGCCCAUUCUGUGUUAUAAUGCCCAUUCUUGAAUGGUACUCAGGUCCACUUCUGAGAAGUUUCUGCUGUGUAUGCUUAAGAAAACCAUUAUUAGGGGCACCUUCAGAAUUCUGGUACUAUGCGGGUGGAAUUUAGUCAUGUCCUGGCAAAUUCAGGUUGUGUACUUGAAUGGUCUUUCUAGCCAAGGUUGUGGAUAGGCCCUGGAUUCUACAGAGCAAAAAGAACAGAGGGUGUUAGGCACACAGUUCAGCUUCCUAAGAAACUCGCUCUCUCUUUGAAACAAUCCCAAGAACCUUGCCAAGAUGGCUGCAGAGAUGUUCUUAGGAGCACUGGAGCCAUGGCAAGCACAUUGUAGGAAGCCAGAGGAUUGGCUGAUUAAGGCUUCCUGCGGUCAGAGGGGUGGGACAACUGACUGCAGUUCCAGAUUUACAUAUAAAGUAAAUAAGCUAUAGCUUAGGGCCCCACUCUAUUGGGGCCCCCAAGAAAAAUUAAAGGAAAAAAACAACCUGGGUGUACAUUUCCAAAAUAUAAGAUAAAAAACAAAACAAAACCUACCUACAGCAACAGUGUUUUGUGUUGUGUAGGCUCCUAUGAUGUAAGCAAUGGGCCCCGCCUGCUAGCCUGCUCCCUAAAAUAUCACUGGUUUGCUCCUUUCUAUAUAUAGGGUGCCUACAUUCUGCUCUUUAUAAUUAUUAGUAGUUUGCAUCACAUAUUUACACCUAUUAUUAUUUCACGUUAUAGCAAGUUUCUAGAGACUAGAUUCCGAGUCUUUGUAAAUUGUGUUUCAAAAGGAACUUUUGUUAUUGCAAAAUGCCCAUGUGUUUGCAUUAUUAAGUUCGUUAUGAAUAAAAAAUCAAGUUGGUGCUUAAUACUUAUUUCACUAUUAAUAUACUUCUUCUUAAUUAUAUUUCAGUUCAACAAUUACUUUGAUAAAAUACAUUUUUGUUAUGUGCAAAUGGCUUUAGAAACCUAUUAGGUCCAUAAAUUACCAUAUAGCAUAUAUACAACACAAAAAACAGCGACCAUUUGUUGUUGACAAAGGACAGCUGGACAUAGAAAGGGCCCCAUUACCUUCAGUCGCUUAGGGACUCAUCAAACAUAAAUCUGGCCCUGUGUGACUGGCAGAAGGAGAGCACAUGAUGCAAAUUGGGAAAGGUAUGUACAGUUUUCUCAGGCUUCAGAAUUUAUACAGAUUGCAGAAUUUUGCCCUUAUGGGCACCGAAUUUUGAUUUUUUUGCUUCAAGCUC